AGCAGUGUGGUUGUGAUUCUCGCAGGGACUCCGUCCAUACCCAUACAGCAUACAGUGUAGUCCCAUUCUUCUCCAUCAUCCAUUCCAUCAUUCUGUCCGGUGUUGUGCUCGAGUGUAGACACACUACUUUCUCACUCUCCUCCGCCGUGUGGUGCUAGCUCGCAGUGGGAUCAUAUUUUUGUCCGGUGCAUUACAAAGUUCAGACCCCCUAGCUGAUAGCUAGUGUCUAGCUCAAAAAUAAUCCUAACCGACCGAAAGUGAUAAACAACAGUGGUGGUGAUAACACUUUCGCAAGUGGAUAGAUAAUACCCGUGUGCCGUGGCAACCCGGCAGCCUCCGGAGAAGGUGGUGUGGUGAGUUGUAUCGCUCUGCAUCGAGCGUGAUUCCUAGAAGAUUCUUUCCCGCGGCGCGAUCGUUCAGCUUAAAACCGGGCGUAUAUGUGUGAUCAGGCUAAACCUCGGAAGAAAAAGGAAAAGUUCCAGUACAACAAAUCGAUUAUGGCUGCUACCAGCGUUGUGGUCCUGGAUCGUGGCAACAAUACUACCUGCACCAUCAAUUUGCAUGGUGCAACAGUAGUAUCCUGGCGUGUCAACAAUCAAGAGCAGCUUUUCGUCAGCAAACUAGCCGUAUUCGAUGGGAAAAAAGCGAUACGAGGAGGCAUACCUUUUGUGUUUCCACAAUUCGGCCCCUGGAACUUCGGUCCACAGCACGGUUUCGGCCGGGUAGUACGAUGGACUCUGGAACGAGCUCCGGAACGCCUACCGAGCGGUGAUGUGGAAGCAGUCUUUAGCCUAAUGGACAACGAAAUCACACGAUCUAUGUGGAACUAUCCAUUCCGCAUAACGUAUCGAUUGAUUCUUCGGGAGAAGGAACUCCACUUUCACAUCGGCGUGUACAAUCCUAGUAAAGACCUAACGUUCUCCUUCAACCUGCUACUGCACACAUACCUGAAGGUUCCGGAUGUACGACGGUGUCAAAUUACCGGACUGCACGGCUGUACAUUUAUCGAUAAGACUAGAGAUGGUGCUAUCUAUCAGGAAGGUCGUGACGUAGUGACAAUCAAUGAAUGGACGGACCGAAUCUACCAGCACACGCCGCAGGAACACAUCAUCACGAAUGUUGUUUCCGGCAGGAAGAUGCGGUUGCAGAAGUACAACUUCCCCGAUACCGUUGUGUGGAACCCUUGGAUGGAUAAAGCCCGGGAAUGUCAAGAUUUCGGUGACGAUGAGUACCCGAACAUGGUCUGCAUCGAGGCGGGGCACGUGUCGACACCGGUCAUCCUUCUGCCCGGUACCGCGUUCGAGGCGAGCCAAAUACUUCAGGUCAUGUGAGUAGAAACCCAGGGAGGUGCUGUGACCCGCAGUAAAGGUUCCUCCCGAGCAAAAUCCAAGAAGAAGCAACAACAACAGCAGCAACAACAGCAACCCCAGCAGCAGCAGAACCAGCAACAAAAUCAAAACCAA